CCCAAAACCAAACCGUGUUAGGGUUUUACUUUUCUUGUUCCCUUCUCUCUCCUCUCUAUAAAUACAAAGCCUCUCCUUUUCUACCUCUCAUUUUCUUUCUCUAGGGUUUCUGCGCCGAUCUACUGCACACAAAGUCGCCAUGGGUAGAAGACCUGCAAGAUGUUACCGUCAGAUCAAAAAUAAGCCAUACCCAAAAUCACGUUACUGCCGUGGUGUGCCUGACUCUAAGAUCAGGAUUUAUGAUGUUGGCAUGAAGAGGAAGGGAGUUGAUGAGUUCCCAUUCUGUGUGCACUUGGUGUCCUGGGAGAAGGAGAAUGUCUCCAGUGAGGCUCUUGAGGCAGCACGUAUUGCUUGCAACAAAUACAUGGCCAAGUUUGCUGGAAAGGAUGCUUUCCAUUUGAGAGUCAGGGUUCAUCCAUUCCAUGUGUUGCGAAUCAACAAGAUGCUUUCAUGUGCUGGAGCUGAUAGGCUCCAAACUGGCAUGAGGGGUGCUUUCGGUAAACCACAGGGAACUUGUGCUAGAGUUGCAAUUGGACAGGUUCUUCUGUCUGUUCGCUGCAAGGACAGCAACAGUCACCAUGCUCAGGAGGCUCUUCGCCGUGCAAAAUUCAAGUUCCCUGGUCGCCAAAAGAUUAUUGUCAGCAGGAAGUGGUAUGCAAUUUCUUUCAUUUGUUUUGCUAACCGUCAGUAUGUAUCUGUUUUCUAUCAUUUUUUCUGUUACAAUCAUUGUUAUGCAUGGAGUAGUGUACAUUUUCUUUGUUCUCAGAGGCACACCUGGUGCCUUGAUUUUUUAUUUUUGGUGCUGCUUUACCGUACUUGAAAAAUGAAAGCCUGCCGUGACAAGGCAGUUUUUUCUCCUUGUUUUGAAAGUUGUUUAUUUUUUGUUUAGUUAGUGAGGAUGCACUUGCAAUUAGUAACCUAACCUUGUCUGAUAACUGUGAUUCUCAGGGGCUUCACCAAGUUUAAUCGCAAUGAUUAUUUGAAGUUGAAGGCAGAGAACAAGAUUAUGUCAGAUGGUGUGAAUGCCAAGGUGAGUCUUUGUUUAAAAUCUGUACUUGCAUCCAUUUAUCCUGUUUCGAACACUGGGUUAAGGGUAAUCAAACUGAUGAUUAUGUGUUUCAUGCAGCUUCUUGGAUGCCAUGGACCCUUGGCCAACCGUCAGCCUGGAAGAGCAUUCUUAUCUGCUACUGCUUAGAUCAUUUCAUUCCUUGAAGGAACUUUGUUCAUCUCUUAGCAUCUGAGGAAUUUAUCCAUUACUCUUUUUAACUAGUAUUGCAUGUUGUUGAACUUUUUAAGUUUAUUCCAAACUGUACUGAGGAUAUCGUAUGAAAUUUCGUGGUAUGAUGGUGUUUUUGCAAUAGUUGAAUCAAUUUUGGUAACAUCUUUUUUCA